AUGGCAAGGGAUCUGGGAAUGCUUCUCCAAAGACACGCGGAUAGACGAAAUAGGUCUCUGGUGAUACUGAGGCUUCUUAGGAAUUGGAAGAAAUAAGUAAUGUUUGGUAGCAAUUUGUAAUAAGGAAGUAAUCGUAUAAUAAACUACGUCCGUUUCUGAUUGUGUCCACUUUGUCAAGGAGUAGAAGUUUAAGAAUUGAAUGCUGUCCUGCAAACAACGUAACCUCAUCUCCUAUUUGACACGCCCUGUUGAGAAGCAGUCCUUUACCGCCUAAACUUCUUUUUCGAAAUUAUCAUUUCUUUUAUGAACUAAGAAUAACACUGCCUGCUCACUUCCACCGGGCUGUGAACAGUGACCUUAAUUCUUCCAAGCAACGAAGUGUAGAAACUAAGCUCUCAGACUCCUCAGUACCAUGACUCAAGCAGAAAUUAAGCUCUGUUCUUUGUUGCUGCAAGAGCAUUUUGGAGAGAUUGUAGAAAAAAUUGGAGUCCAUCUGAUAAGAACCGGCAGCCAGCCACUAAGAGUAAUUGCCCAUGACACAGGAACAUCACUGGAUCAGGUGAAAAAAGCCCUGUGUGUCCUCAUCCAACAUAACCUGGUGAGUUAUCAAGUGCACAAACGCGGUGUGGUGGAGUAUGAAGCCCAGUGCAGCCGGGUAUUGCGAAUGCUUAGAUAUCCCCGGUACAUCUAUACUACCAAAACUCUGUACAGUGACACUGGAGAACUGAUCGUUGAGGAGCUUCUGUUGAAUGGCAAACUGACAAUGUCAGCUGUUGUGAAGAAAGUGGCAGACCGGCUCACAGAGACCAUGGAGGAUGGCAAGACCAUGGACUAUGCUGAAGUAUCAAACACAUUUGUACGACUGGCAGACACACACUUUGUACAACGCUGCCCCUCAGUACCUACCACUGAGAAUUCAGACCCUGGGCCACCACCACCUGCCCCCACACUUGUCAUUAAUGAAAAGGACAUGUACCUGGUUCCUAAGCUGAGCUUGAUAGGAAAAGGUAAAAGGCGCAGAUCAUCUGAUGAAGAUGCUGCUGGGGAACCCAAGGCCAAGAGACCAAAACAUACUACAGAUAACAAGGAGCCCAUUCCAGAUGACGGGAUUUAUUGGCAGGUCAACCUUGACAGAUUCCACCAACACUUCCGUGACCAAGCCAUUGUGAGUGCAGUCGCUAACAGGAUGGACCAGACGAGCAGCGAGAUUGUACGAACCAUGCUCCGAAUGAGUGAGAUUACCACUUCCUCUAGUGCUCCCUUCACCCAACCAUUGUCUUCCAAUGAGAUCUUCAGAUCCCUACCUGUUGGCUAUAACAUCUCUAAGCAAGUUCUUGAUCAGUAUCUCACUCUGCUGGCAGAUGAUCCGCUAGAGUUUGUUGGAAAGUCUGGCGACAGUGGUGGAGGAAUGUAUGUCAUCAACCUCCAUAAGGCAUUAGCAUCCCUAGCCACAGCCACUCUGGAGUCUGUCGUACAGGAGAGAUUUGGGUCUCGCUGUGCUAGAAUAUUCCGUCUAGUUUUGCAGAAGAAACACCUAGAGCAGAAGCAAGUGGAAGACUUUGCAAUGAUUCCUGCCAAGGAGGCAAAGGAUAUGCUAUAUAAGAUGCUCUCAGAAAAUUUCAUGUCACUCCAGGAAAUUCCCAAAACACCAGACCAUGCCCCAUCCAGGACCUUCUAUUUAUAUACUGUGAACAUCCUGUCAGCUGCCCGAAUGUUGUUGCACAGGUGCUAUAAGAGCAUAGCCAACUUGAUAGAAAGGAGGCAAUUUGAAACCAAAGAGAAUAAGCGUCUACUAGAAAAAUCUCAGAGGGUAGAAGCCAUCAUUGCAUCUAUGCAGGCUACAGGUGCAGAGGAAGCACAGUUACAAGAAAUAGAGGAGAUGAUCACAGCUCCUGAACGUCAGCAGCUAGAGACCCUGAAACGUAAUGUCAACAAGUUGGAUGCCAGUGAGAUCCAGGUGGACGAAACCAUCUUCCUGCUGGAGUCUUACAUUGAGUGCACCAUGAAGAGACAGUGAUCCAGAAGCAUCUUCCUCAAAAGAUCUGGGGGGGUGGGGGGGAUGGAAAGCAAAAUAAAGGAAGUACCUGGAUGCAUUAUUUGCAGUGGGAUAAGUUGCAGAUUCUUCAACUAAACCCCCCUGUCUAUCCCCUGCAGCCCAGGAUACACCUAAAAGAAUUUGGCAUAUUUAGAUCCAUUGCUAUAAUCUCCCCUCAUCAAAUCUUGGCACUGGGUAGAACCUUAAAUCAACAGGAUUAAUCAUCCAUCAGAUGUAUCUGUAUCCAUAAAGAAGUUACCCACACCUAUGGUUACCUACAUCUCUGGCAGUAGGAAACUUCUUCCUAAGAAGUUAAUUUUAUUUUCAAAU